UCAAAAUCGAAUGGUUCCAGGAUAUUCAGGCAAUCCCCAAUGUCUAACACAUCGAUAUGCAAGCUUCUGUGGUCGUCUUUCUUCUGGCCUGGUUUAGGUUAGCGACCACAAACGAAGAAAGCGACGGGGAAGUACAUUUUACUAAUUCGUGGGCUGUUCAUAUCGAAAACGACGACUUCGAGGCGGUGAACAAUAUCGCACAAAAGCACGGCUUUAUCAAUCAAGGACAGAUAGGGAGUCUUCCGGGAUAUUAUCAUUUCGUAAAACACAAUGUUCGUGAAAGAUCGCGACGGAGCUUAGAUGAUCACAGCGAUACCUUACUAUCGGAGCCUAGGGUAAAAUGGGUGGAGCAGCAAAGAAUUCUGGAACGGAGCAAGCGUGACUUCAUACAAGGCGAAGAUGAACUGGUGCAGAGAUCAGUGGCUACACUUAGGCAGGAUACCGCUUUCACAAUCCGCGAUCCCUUCUUCAAGGAUCAAUGGUAUUUGCAAAAUAUCGGACAGUCUUCGGGACCCAGCGGGGUAGAUAUCAGCGUGUUACCAGUUUGGGCCCGUGGAUAUUCUGGAAAAGGAGUCGUAGUAUCAGUACUGGAUGACGGACUCGACCACACCCAUCCAGAUUUAAGGAGGAACUAUGAUCCGGACGCAAGCUUCGAUUUUAAUGAUUUUGACGGGGAUCCAAAGCCGCGGGACGAAAAUUUGGAAAAUUGCCAUGGUACAAAAUGUGCAGGUGAAGUUGCAGCGGAAGCUAAUAACGGAAUUUGUGGGGUGGGAGUGUCGUUCAACGCUAGUAUUGGAGGCAUUCGUAUGUUGGACGGAAAAGCUACAGAUACAAUUGAAGGAAGCUCCCUAAGUUACCGCUCAGAAUACAUUGACAUCUAUAGCUGCUGUUGGGGACCAAAAGAUGAUGGCAAGCGAUUUGGUAAACCUGGUCAUCUUGCAAGUAAAGCUCUCCAAAUUGGUACACAUCGGGGUCGAGGUGGUAAGGGCAGCAUUUUCGUGUGGGCGACUGGCAAUGGAGGUCUUACAGAUGAUGACUGCAACUGUGAUGGCUACACUACCAGUAUAUACACCAUAUCAAUUGGCGCCAUCAGUGACCAUGGACUCUCUACGUACUACACAGAGACUUGUGCGUCAACCUUAGCUGUCACAUUUUCUGGAGGAUCUCAUAGAGAAAGUGUCGAGAACAGAGUGGUCACCACUGAUCUGCACCAUAAGUGUACCGAGGUAUUCAAGGGAACUUCCUCGGCUGCACCACUGGCCGCAGGAAUGUUGGCUUUAGUCUUAGAGGCAAACCCCACGCUAACGUGGAGAGAUGUGCAGCACGUGAUUGUAGAGUCCUCCCAGGUUACAAGUCCGUUGGAUGAAGGAUGGAAAACCAACGGCGCAGGAAAACGAUACAAUCACAAGUUUGGCUUCGGUAGAUUGGAUGUCAGUAAAAUGGUGGAGAUGGCACUGAGAUGGAAAAAUGUCAACAGGCAGCGUAUUUGCCACGGUGCUUCACACAAUAAUAAAAGAUUCAUCCCCAAUUCUGGUAGUCUCCUUCUAUCAGCAAACACGUCAUCAUGUUCAAGCACCCCCUCAGAGAUAAGACGACUAGAGCACGUGCAAAUAAACGUCACAUUGCAACAUCGUCACCGGGGAGAUCUCAGUAUUACAUUGAUCUCUCCAUCCGGGACACGGAGUAAGAUGCUUACAACUCGGAGGAAUGAUCAUUCGGCGCUUGGGCUCAAGAACUGGCUCUUCAUGACCGUUCAUUUUUGGGGAGAAGACCCCAGGGGACUGUGGACAGUGGUAAUCACUGACAACGACAACAAUAAUCGGGAACAUUACUUGAAAAAACACCCACAGGGAGACGAGGAAGAUGUUACCAGGGUAUUCAUGGACGAGACUGGGAAACAUCGGGAAAUGCCGACUAAUGAUCAGCAGUCAUUCAAGGUGGACCAUGCGCAAGACCACAUUAUGAAAACGAUGGAAGAUACAGCAGGGGGAAUUUUUAGAGGAAAUAGAUUUACUGUUUCAUCACGUCGGAAGAAAUUACAGCAUAUCCACGAUAAACCUUCACUUACAGUGAAUCACAAAAACUUUUUGAAGAAACAUCCAUUCAAUAAUGCUGCAAAACUUCACAGAAAGAAAGUGAAAGAGGGCCAAUUAGCUCAAUUUAAAAAGCACUACUUAAAAUCCAAGGCAAAAAGCAAAGUUGAAACGAGUAAAGGAAAGCACCAUUGGACAAGAAAACACAGUAAUUCAAACAUGAACGCUUUCAAAGGGAAACAUGUCAGAAGAAUACCAAACAAGCACGCUAUGUUCAAGAAACUUCCUACGAGAAAAAUAUUCAGCGAAAAACAAGAAAAGCUUAAAAACACCUCGGUAAGAGAAGACAACAAGGGAAGUGUAAAAAAACCUCGUAAAGUUGAAGGCCAGCGAUUAAAUGUGACUUUGAAUAUGGCUCCCGAGGCAGCAACAAAUCUGAGCACAUCUGUUGCUAGUAUAUUGGGAAAGUCUGAAAAUGCGACCAGAGCAUUUGGGCUUAUAUCACAAUUAAUAGAUGAGAUUCAGAAAAAUCCACUAGUGACAAAGAUUGCAGCAGAGGCACUGAAUAAUCCUGACCUAGGAAAAUUAUUUGGCAUUGAGUCUUCCAGGGAUGUUCUAGAAAAUAUUCAGGGAACACGCUCACCCACGAAGAGUAUUAAUCAUAAUAGAGAGGAUUUUAAAAAUAGAACAAAAAUUAAUGAAAAAGAUUUUGGAAUGGAAACACGAUUUGCUGAUAAAGAGAACGGAUCAGUCAUUGCAGGUGUAAACAAAACUUCAGACCAUUUUGAAACGGCCAAACAAGGAACUAUCAAGUCAAAUAAACACAAGCACAUUCAGUUCUUUAAAGUACUUAAAGAUAACCGAGAUCACAACAGCGAUAUCACUGCAAGUGGAAUGGAUGGAAGUGGAGGUAUGGUAAGUGGAAAUUAUUUUGACGAACAUGCCUCUGGAAACUUGAACUUGGGAAACAUUUUGAAAACUGAAAUUUUGAGAUGUAAAGGAUCAACAAACUGUAGAGGAGCUGAAGAAGAGAAAACGUCUCUUUCUGUUUCCAACAAACUAGCGGAGGAAGGACAACGAGAAAAUGAUGCGUACGAGGUAUAUAAUGGCGAUAAGGAAAGCAAUCAAUACAGUGAAAGUACUGAUGAUGGAGGUGAAGUCUUUGGAUCUGAAAAAAAGCCCACUCUACUGGAAGGUGAUGAGGACAAUGAUGAUCUGAUCACAGAAGUUGGGUUUAAUCUGAACUCAAUUGAUGGAGACACCUCAGAUCUUUGUAAUUUCUCGUUAGAUUCCACUAAUGCAUCACUGGCAAUUCAAAAGGCGCAUUGUCUAGAAAACAGCACAAUGGACAAGCGUGCCGACGUAAGAGAUAAAGAAGACAAAAACCUGGCUCAUUAUUUAGCUGUUGAUAAGCUCAAUUCAGCGUCUGGGGAAGAUAGCGCAGACAACAAUGACGCCACAGAUGGCAGCCCUUUUAAAAGUAAAUUUAGAGGUGAUCAAGACAAUUCAGAUACAAAAUACGACGGCAAGGACUUGGAGGUUUUGCAGGAAGCAUUGGAAAAUCAGCUGUCUCGUUUAUCGAAGGAUCCAGCUUCUGAAAAGUCAAAUGCUGACAUCCUCGCUCGUGUUCGGGAGGAUAUCAAACAUGGCGACAUCGAUGACUUAGAACUUUUAGAGGCACAAAUUACGGGUGGUAAAAAUGAGUUAUCUAGAGACGUAAGGAGCACGACACCAGACGAUAAUGAGGAUGAUGAUGUAGAUGAUAACGAUGAUGACGAUAGCAGACCACUCGGAGGAUUUGACGAGGAAUACGUAGAAAUAGAGCGAAGAAGGAUCUCACGUCAAGCAGAUAAUGAAAAACUAUCUAAAACUUAUUACAUUGACCCGGAUGAAUAUGGCAAAGACAAUUCCGGAAUAUUGGAGUCUUGGACUUUAAUAUUGUAUGGAACUAAAUGACAAUUUUAGGACAGUUGUCCUAGGUUAUUCAUAUGCUCUUUAAAUGAUGGAGGAAAGGUCUAAGUUUUGAAAGAAAUAGUGGUGUUGUGUCGGUGAUGGGUAUUAAAAGAUAAUUUGGUUUUAUCAGAGAGUUGAUGAUAGUGUAAAUUGGCCACCGUAAAGAGAUUUGAUCAUUAAGCUAACGGUUCGUGCUUAAGUCCUUCGUCGUUUGUUUAACUAAUGGCUAACGCUCGACACUUCAGCUUUAGAGACUCUUUAUAAUAGCCAAUUUUCAUUGCCAAUUCAGUUGAUAAAACCAAAUCAUCUUUAAAUAAUGCUUGUUUCGAACGUUGUGGCCUGUUUUUAUUUCUUUUUUUGCCGGUUAAACUUGAGCUGAAGCAUACGAAUGGCUAAUGGCUAAUAGAAUGAAUUUAUCAUCAGGACUAAGAGGGAAAAAUCUUCUCAACAAGUAAUGAAAAUAAGUUCGUUAAGCUGUUCAAAGAUGUGAAGGCCAAGACCUUAAAGUUUUGUUGUAAUCGUAAUGCCGGCCUUUCUUAACAGACACCAGACGUGAACGCUUGAUCAUGUAGAUUAGAGGAAGAAAUUCGGUUGACUUUUUUGCGAGAUUAUGAAAUUUAACUAAGGCUCGUUGGGCCUGCAUGAUACAACUAAACAAUAUGUGUUCCCAUUUUGGGGGGCUUUGAUUGAAUCAGUGUAUAGUUUUUCAUACAUAUCCGAAUGAAGAAAUAA